AAGGUUUUUAUGAAUCAAGGAAAAAUGGAAAGCGAACUUGGUUUCUUGGUUUCUGUGGUGAUCAUAUGUGCAGACAUUACAGCAACAGUCCUCGGGAUCGAAGCCGAGAUUACUCAAAGCAAGACACCUCAUCAUCAUCAUCAUCAACAACAUUUAAGACAUUCAAAUUCUGGAUGUCCAAGAACACCGAGCGCUGGAGCUUUUGCUGAGGGAGUAGCUGCAAUGGUGCUUCUGUUUAUUGUCCAUGUCCUAGCCAAUGUGCUUGGAGGUUGCACUUACAUUCGCUCUAAGCAAGAUUUCAACAGAGCAACGGCGAAUAAGAUACUCGCAGUGGCUUUCCUAGUUCUCUCCUGGAUCUUUUUCCUUGUCAGCUACACAGCGCUGAUGAUAGGAACAUUGGCUAACUCGAAAUCAAAACGAUUCUGCAACUUGCCGCAUCGUUGGUUUUUCGUUAUUGGAGCCCUAUUUUGCCUAGGACAUGGACUGGUGACUUCAGCAUAUUAUGUUUCAGCCAUUGCUGCUAAAAAAGAAGACAAAGAGAACUCACAACAACAAAAUUCAACAAACAGAAGCCGCACAUAAUAAGUCUUCUUGCUCAAGAUUUCCUGCCUAGUGUAAACAAACUUAUAUUGCUUCGCUUAGCUAAAAACAUCCUUCCAUUACAUUGAUAUAUAUAUCCGCGAUAUUCCAAAAUUCUCUUUUCAAGAAUCAAUAGAAACUGA